UCCAAAUAUUCGAAUUCACAGUCAUAGGGAAUGUCCAUCAUUCACUGAUCCCCAUAUCAGACACCAUCUUUCAAGGACAAGUACCCCUGCUUCAGAGCAUUGAUCUUGUGCUGUGCAACUUGAGCUGGACAUGGAGCAUCUUCAGGGGCUUCGAUCUCUAAGUGUGAAAGGAACAACAGGCGCCCUUCCUACCCCGGCGCAGCUCCUGUCAACUCUGAGAUAUAUGCCUGACUUGGAGCAGCUUACACUUCAGUCCCUGUCCACGACCUCCGGGGACACAGGGCUCUGCGAUAAGGUGCCGCUCACCCGGUUGAAGAGUAUAGCGCUAGACAUUGGCGCCACCCAAACCGUUAUCUCUAUCUUCGAAUGUCUAGCCCUUCCGGCCGGUGUCAAGGUCGCCCUAUGCAUUCCACAAAUUGAAGGCUCUCAAAGCUUUUCUGAUAUAUUCUCUGCCAUGGAUAGGGCUUCUGACGGACCUAGUCCCGUUGUUCGGUCCCUGCGUGCCAUCCGUAUUUCGAAUAAUGGUUUUGUUGUCCAGUUUAACACAUCAGUAGCAUUCAAAUCUCAUCAUUAUGAUUCCUGGAACCCUGCUGAUGAUGACAUACCACUCUCGAUUCAAUUCACAUGCAACCCACUCGCUCAUGUUCAGCCGACCAUCAUAUUUGAAUUAUGUCGAAUCGCCUCGCAGGACAGGAUUCACAGCAUGUUUCUCGAGUUAUUAUAUGAUCUCCCAGAACUCUUCUGGCGCACUGGGUCGGCCGGCCUUCUGGAUCUCCAAGUUAUCCAUCUCAGCAGGAACUCCAUUCGUGGCUUAAUCGAAGCGCUUUCUAUCGAUGACAUCCAGGGCUCAGUUGUGGCAUAUCCCUCGCUCCGUGUUCUAGAGCUCGAGGGUACCAACUUCAGGGAUCAUGAACCUGAAGACCUCCAACAUGUCAUCGAACAGCGAGCCGAACGCGGCGCCCGUAUACACGAGCUUCGACUUGUGGGGUGCAUAAAAAAUUUGACGGUUGAUCAAGUGCGGCUCCUUGAAGAAGUGGGUGUGAAUGUUGAUGGACAUAAAGAAGAAACCUGUGCUGAUCCUAGCCGUUAUGGAUACGCACCUGGAAGAUUGUUUUAGUGUUCUCACUCUGAUCCCUGACCCUUCUGCUUGGGACGAGUGGAAAUAAUUCACCUAAUUCACCUCACCCACCCCAAUUCAUAGUACAUUUGUCCAAAUUCACCUGUAAAACUUAGCGUUAAUUUACAGACAUGUAGAUUUACGGUAGUUCACACUGAA